GAGGAGAACAAAUGAUGUAAAAUGAGAAUGGUGUUGUGUGUUAUGUAGUGUGAAUUUGAAUAAUGACAGAAUGAUUGUUAUAUUGAUUGCUAUUGUGAUAAUACAAAAAAUAUGAACAUUGAAAAGACAAUGGAAAAAAAACAAAAGAAAGAGACAGAAUAUAUUUUGUGUGGUUCAAUAAAAACACAAUCCAGUGGAAUUUGGGAAAGCGACAACACGUUUCAAUUUGUGAUCCUUGUGUCCAUACUGCAGGAUAAUUAUAAGCUGUAACCAGGUACCCAAGCCGGGACCUGUAACACUGACAGAAGCACAUUGUAUAUAUGUUAUAUAAUUCAUAGUUGGUUAGAGUAAAUAAAUACAAUCUAUAAAUACAAGGUCAUAUUUAGAGCUGGUUACUUGUUUCUCUCGCGAGAUGUGACAACACUGCGCGCGAACCAAACACGGCGAGGAUAAAGCAAGAUGGCGUCUGACGGUGAAGACGUUAUUGCAGUCGUCACAGUUCAGUGUUCUUAGUCUGUGCGUCCAUGUACACAUAUAUGCCCUUUAUUAGACGCUAUUAAAUAGAGUAAACAUCGUUAAUAACUGUUUGAAUCCGGUUAUAUUAGUCUGAGCGCAUUUUGAUGCUUCUCGAGCUAGCUUAGCCUGCUAGUUAGCUUAGCUUGUUAGCUGCUAACAAAGAGAGGCGGAAGUGAUCAAAACACAUCGCUAAGCAGAGAUCAAGUGUGAGUGUAAAGUGUUGUGAUUGUGUGAAAAUGUGCGAAAGAACGAUAGCAGAGUACGAGGAGGAACUUUGUCCAACAAAAGAGGAGAAGGAGCGACAACAUCAAAAACAUCAAGUUGUGUUACACAGAACAGACAUCCAUCAGCUGAUUGGACACCAAGAAGAAUGUCUCCCUCAUCUGCAGGGGGACAGUUUCACUUUAGAGUAUCCACAGCCCUCACAUUUUAAAGGGGACGAGGAGGAUCCACAGCCCCCUUAUUUUAAAGAGGAAGAGGAGGGAGAGUGUCCUGUAGGGCAGGAGGAGGCUGAUCUCACCAAGUUUCCACUGACUGUUGUCUCUGUGAAGACUGAAGAGCAUGAAGACAAACCACCUGAGUCCUCACAGCUUCAUCACAGUCCAAACGUCUGUGAAGAACAUCUACUCCCUGAGCAACAGAAGUGGAGCUUCAGGAUGGAGCCACAGCCCUCCAACAUUAAAAAGGAAGAGGAACACCCACUGAUCCCCCAUUUUAAAGAGGAAGAGGAUGACCCAUUGACCACUCACAUCAAAGGGGAAGAGGAGGACCCACUGACACCCCAUUUUAGAGAGGAAGAGGUGGAUCCACUGAGCCCUCACAUUAAGGAGGAAGAGGAAGACCCACUGACCCCUCACAUUAAAGAGGAAGAGGAGGACCCACUGACCCCUCACAUUAAAGGGGAAGAGGAGGAACACAGCAUCAAUCAGGAGGGAGAGCAUAUUGAAUGGUUGGAGGAGUUCCCAGUGACUGGUGUCCCUGUGAAGAGUGAAGGUGAUGAGGUCAAAGGUGAAAGUGAGGAGAAGAGAGAGGCGGAGCCUCCAAGCAGCAGCUCAACUCAACACAUGACAACAGAAGCUGAUGGAGACCACUGUGGAGGAUCACAAGCAGACAAGCUCUUAGCUCCACUAUCAGAUAGUGAGGACACAACGUCACACUCUCCUGACACUGAUGAUGAACACUCUAAAGAUGAUAAGACAUGUCACACUGACAACACACACUUCACAUGUUCUCACUGCGACAAAACUUUUAAAUACCGUUGUCGUCUAAAAACACACAUGAGAACACACACUGGAGAAAAAACUUUUUCAUGUUCAAUCUGCGGUAAAGAUUUUACUCAAAAGCAGCAUUUCAAAGUACACAUGAGAAUACACACUGGAGAAAAACUUUUUUCAUGUUCAAUCUGUGGUAAAGAUUUCACUCAAAGUCAACAUUUGAAAAGACACAUGAGAACACACACUGGAGAAAAACCUUUUUCAUGUUCAAUCUGCGGUAAAUAUUUUACUAAAAAGCACAGUUUCAAAAUACACAUGAGAACACACACUGGAGAAAAACGUUUUUCAUGUUCAAUCUGUGGUAAAGAUUUUACUCAAAGUCAACAUUUGAAAACACACAUGAGAACACACACUGGCGAAAAACCUUUUUCAUGUUCAAUCUGCGGUAAAGAUUUUACUCAAAAGCAGCAUUUCAAAGUACACAUGAGAAUACACACUGGCGAAAAACCUUUUUCAUGUUCAAUCUGCGGUAAAGAUUUUACUAAAAAGCACAGUUUCAAAAUACACAUGAGAACACACACUGGAGAAAAACCUUUUUCAUGUUCAAUCUGCGGUAAAGAUUUUACUCAAAAGCAGCAUUUCAAAGUACACAUGAGAAUACACACUGGCGAAAAACCUUUUUCAUGUUCAAUCUGCGGUAAAGAUUUUACUCAAAAUCAAAAUUUCAAAACACACAUGAGAACACACACUGGCGAAAAACCUUUUUCAUGUUCAAUCUGCGGUAAAGAUUUUACUCUAAAUCAAAAUUUCAAAUCACACAUGAGAAUACACACGAGAGAAAAACAUGUUUCAUGUUCAAUCUGCGGUAAAGAUUUUACUCGAAGGGACCAUUUCAAAACACACAUGAGAAUACACACUGGAGAAAAACCUUUUUAAUGUUCAGUAUGUGGUAAAAGUUAUAUAAAAAGACUGCAAUUAAAAUUACACAUGAGAACGCACUCUGGUGAAAAACCAUACUCCUGUUCAAGCUGCAACAAAAGCUUUCGUCGCCGACAAUCUUGUACAGUACACAUGAGAACACGCACAGGAGAGAAAGUGUUGAGUUGCAGUGUGUGUGGUGAAAGAUUCUCUUCUAAGUACCAGUGUAAGAAACACAAGUGUGCUGGUGAGAACAGCAGCAGUAAAUGAAGAUGCAGGAUUUGAAAUAAACUGUCAAAACUUUCACUUUGACUUUCUAACAACAUCAGCACAUAUAACAUGUGUGACAUCAUUGUUGUGUGUGUAACACAAUCUUGUUAAUAUGAUUCUAACAUUUAUAGAUUAGACACUUCAGGUUAGUGAUUUUAUUUCAGUCAAGUACAUGAGUUAAUAUACACAUUUGUGUACUUUAAAAUGAACAGAACAAUUUGACUGAAAAGGUGAGAAUAAACAGUACAUAAAAUAUGUUACAUACAAUAAACAUUUUAUGUGUAGAUAUUCAUAAUUCACUUUUAUACUUAUUCAUAAUAGUGUUUUAUAUAUGUUUUUUGAAAUAAUGAAGGGUUACAUAUUUUAUUUUGUAAUUGUAGAUGAUUCCAAAGAUGAACUCCUUUAUAUGAUAUUCAUAUUUGUUUUACAUGUGUUCAUACCUUUGCUUUUGAGUACACAUAAAUUCCUCUUAGUUCAUAUUUACUGGUUCACAUCUGAAACAUCUUCUGGACCACUUCUGGAAGCAUAUUAUUAUUUACUUUGUAAAUCAUUUGAACAGUCUUUUAUACAAUUUUAAAAUGUGUGACUUUAUGAAUCAUUUGUUGGGUCUCUGUAAUCCAUUCUAAUAAUUGUCUUUAUUACUCUCUUUUGUAAUAUGAAUUGUUGUGUGAUUGUUUUAUAUGUAUGUCCCCAGACCUUUAUGCUACAAACAAUGUAUGCUUCAACUAAAGUUGGGUACAGUAAAUGUAGUUAAUAUUUGUGGGUAUGUAUUUUAUUCUAUUUAUAUCACAGUCAAUUUUUUUAAUGUUUUCUUUAUAUGACUUACAUGUAGUUUCCAGCUUACUU